AUGGCUCUAACACUUCGUUCUUCAAAUUCAUUCUUUUCUCAAACACAAACCCAAGUUCCCAAACCUUCCGACGACUCCUUGCCUUCCAUAGUUUGCUUUGCAAGGAUCAAACCAUCAUCAUUCCGUCUGAGAGCGAAGAACAGGGCGCUGCAAGAACCACGAGUCAUAGUUGCCGGCUUAGAAGCAAGCAGGGAGGAGCUUCAUCCGCCGUUGGUGGCUCCUCAGAAGCACGAUGAUUCGAUGAGAGUGCCAGUGUUUGUGAUGCUGCCAUUAGACACAGUGACGAUGGGAGGGACUCUGAACAGGGCACGGGCCAUGAACGCCAGUCUAAUGGCCCUGAAAAAUGCAGGAGUAGAAGGAGUAAUGGUGGACGCUUGGUGGGGUUUGGUUGAAAAAGAUGGCCCUCUGAAAUAUAACUGGGAAGCCUACGCUGAACUUGUUCACAUGGUACAAAAGCAUGGAUUAAAGCUUCAAGUCGUCAUGUCCUUCCAUCAAUGUGGAGGAAACGUCGGUGACUCCUGCAGUAUUCCUCUGCCUCCUUGGGUGCUUGAAGAAAUCAGCAAGAACCCUGACCUGGUUUACACAGACAGAUCUGGGAGGAGAAAUCCUGAGUAUAUCUCUUUGGGGUGUGAUUCGAUUCCUGUUCUGAGAGGGAGGACGCCUCUUCAGGUGUACUCUGACUUCAUGACUAGCUUCCGUGACAGAUUCAGAGAUUACUUGGGCAGUGUUAUCCAAGAAAUUCAAGUAGGCAUGGGUCCUUGUGGAGAACUCAGAUAUCCAUCUUAUCCAGAAAGCAAUGGAACUUGGAGGUUUCCUGGGAUUGGUGAAUUCCAGUGCUACGACAAGUAUAUGAGGGCGUCGUUGGAAGCAGCAGCAGAAACUGUGGGGAACAGAGAUUGGGGGAGAAGUGGUCCCCACGAUUCUGGCCAAUACAAUCAAUUUCCGGAAGACACUGGAUUCUUCAGACGUGAAGGAACAUGGAACUCCGAUUACGGAAGCUUCUUCCUCACCUGGUACUCCAACAAAUUGAUCGAGCACGGUGACAGGAUCCUCGAAUCCGCCGGCCGGAUAUUCCAAUCCAGCGGAGCCAAACUCUCAGCCAAAAUAGCCGGCAUCCAUUGGCAUUACACGACAAGAUCGCACGCCGCCGAGCUAACCGCCGGCUACUACAACACCCGAUUCCGCGACGGCUACCUUCCGAUCGCACAGAUGCUAGCGAAACACGGAGCCAUCUUCAACUUCACGUGCAUGGAGAUGAAGGAUUCGCAGCAGCCUCAUCACGCGGGCUGCUCACCGGAGGGACUGGUUCGUCAGGUGAAGAUGGCGACGAGAACGGCGAGAGUACAACUGGCCGGCGAGAACGCGUUGGAAAGAUACGAUUGGGAUGGGUACGGACAAGUAAUGGAAACGAGUAGAUCGGAUUGUGGGAACGGAUUGGUGUCGUUCACGUAUCUGAGGAUGAACAAGAGGUUGUUCGAAGAGGAGAACUGGCGCCACUUUGUGGGUUUUGUGAGGAGUAUGUCGGAGGGUGGCCGGAGACAGAGACUUCCCGAUUAUGAUUCGCGAGGGACUGAUCUUUACGUUACACACUUCAGAGGGAUUCCGAAGAAGAAGCAUGUUCAAGAGGAAGCCCUGGUGUGAAUUUCUUGUGUACGGUUAUUUUCUCAUGUAAGGAUCUAAAGAAUAUAUAGGAAUUAAUACAGAAUACGCUAAGAACCUGAGAUGAUCUUCAGGAUAUUAUUAUUUCAUUUCGUCUAUACAAUAUCCUCCUUUAAUCUAUAA